GUCCCCCAAAUCACACAAACACAAAUCCGAUCUGAAAUUUUCCGGGCUGGAUUCUCUAAAGGGACCCGGAGAGUUCAGGAAAUCCUGCUACCUCUAGGACCUGGAGGAUUCGAGUAGGGGGGGUGACCCUCCCCGCCCCCCGCGGAGUAGGCGCCGGAACUGCCUAAGGGGAACCGGCAGAGCGGAGCUGCAGGGGGCUGCGCCGGCCGCGGUCGACGCGGAGACACGGGAUCCCGGCCGAGACCUCGGGGGACCGUCAGAGGCUGCCGAUCGAUCCUGGGAGCGCUGGACACUCCCCAUCCCCUUGCGGGACUUCCUUAGGAUUCGGAGUUUGCACGCAAUUCCCCAGCGAGGGCGGACUAAGGGCGCUCUCCAAGGAGGACGGGCCCCAGGUCCCCCAAGAGUACCUCUGCAGGGUCCUUAGGGUCCUCGAGGAGCCUGGAGGGAAACGAUUUGCUGCGGGCCUGAGAGCCCGGAGCCGGUGGCCCCGCGAUGGCCUCGGGACACAGCCGCAGGGAACCGCCGCGAAGACACCGAGGGGCCCCUCCCUAGCGGCGCGCAGCCUCCUCCGAGGUCCCCCUCCACCCGCGGGAUGGGGGGUGGAGGGUCUGCCCUGAGGGUCUGCGCCGACCACCGCGGGGGCAUCAACUGGCUCAGCCUGAGCCCCGACGGACAGCGCCUGCUGACGGGCAGCGAGGACGGCACGGCCCGGCUCUGGAGCACCGCGGACGGCACGUGCUGCGCCCUCCUGCAAGGACACGAGAGCUACGUGACCUUCUGCCAGCUGGAGGACGAGGCCGCCUUUACCUGCAGCGCUGACUGCACCAUCAGGAAGUGGGAUGUGCUGACCGGGCAGUGUCUGCAGGUGUUCCGGGGACACACGUCCAUCGUGAACAGGAUCCUGGUCGCCGACAAGCAGCUCUUCAGCGGCUCCUACGACAGGACGGCCCGCGCCUGGAGCGUGGACAGGGGGCAGGUGGCCCGGGAGUUCCGGGGUCACCGCAACUGUGUGCUGACCCUGGCCUACGCCGGGGCGCCCUGCGUGGAGGAGGCCGUGGCCGGGGGCCUCCUGGUGACGGGCAGCACGGACGGCACGGCCAAGGUGUGGCAGGUGGCCAGUGGCUGCUGCCAUCAGACGCUGCGGGGCCACACGGGCGCCGUGCUCUGCCUGGUGUUGGACGCGCCGGGCCGCACGGCCUUCACGGGCAGCACGGAUGCCACCGUCCGCGCCUGGGACAUCCUGAGCGGCCAGCAGCUGCGCGUGUUCCGGGAGCACCAGGGCUCCGUCAUCUGUCUGGAGCUGGUAAACCAGCACGUGUACUCGGGCAGCGCCGACAGGACGGUCAAGUGCUGGCUGGCAGACACCGGCGAGCGCGUGCGCACGUUCACGGCCCACAGACACAGCGUGAGCGCCCUCAAGUACCACGCGGGCACCUUGUUCACGGGCAGCGGGGACGCCCGCGCGCGCGCCUUCGACGCCCAGUCCGGAGCGCUGCGGAGAGUGUUCCGCGGCCACGCCUUCGUCAUCAACUGCAUCCAGCAACAAGGUGGGCUGCGCCGCCGCUGCCGCCGCGCCGCUGCAGCCGGCCUGAGACGCCCCGGCUGCGCCCCCGACACCGACCCGAGAGGAGCGCGGCGCUCCCGCCCGUCCCCGGGGCCCCGAGGCACCGACCGGCGCGGCGGGUGCUGCUUCGCCCUCGCGCCGGCGGCCUUCCGAAGCCCUCGCCGAGCCGCCCGCCCCUCCGUCCGUCCCUCCCGGGACCCUCCCGCGACUCUCAGGGUCUCCAGCCGCCCGGGCCCCGGGCGCCCGAGGUCCCCGGAAGCCAAGUCUUCUCCUGCUGAGCGGGACGGACGCUUCAAAAAAGGCACGGACUGGGAUUUUCCCCUGGCGGUCCGGUGUUUCUGACUGGGCGCUUUCACGGUAGGAACCCUGGGUUCAAUCCCCGGUCGGGGAGCUAAAAUCACACGAGCCGCGCCCAAGACAAAACCCCACGGACUGUCGUUAUUUUGGCAGAUUGUCCGCUUGUGAAGGAUGAAAUACAGGUCCUUGAAAGUGCCUUGUGGUGCGUCGCCUUUUGUUCCGCACACUGAGUCCGGCUCCCUCUCAGAGGAGAGGAGAGGAGAGUGCCUGCGAAGCUGGGGCCUGGCCCACCCCCCGGGGUGGAGUCCUCUGCCCCUCCGUGUCACUGCAGUGUCCCUGAGUGGGGGAGUGGCAGGAGGGAGGCCAGGGGGCCAGGAGUCAGCCCCUCGGCCUGCCUGGGUGACGCCGGGGACCCGCUGUUCCUCCCGCCGGCACAGAGGCGGCCCCUUCUCUCAGGUGUGGACGAGGCGGGCCCUGGGGGUGUGCAGAGGAGGCCGCUGGAGUACCUGCCAAGAGGGGGUGAAGGGAGAAGUGGGGCUCAGGCUCUAAGAGACCCUGAGAGGAGCCGCCCUCAGCGGCCCCCGCACACCGGUAGGGGCCCUCUUCCAGCCCCUCCGCUGGGGCCCACAUUCUGCAUCCCCAGUGCCCUCCAGGCCCGGCCCUGGCUGGCCACCCGUGCUGGAAGAGGAAAUGCUGCAGAAGACAGUGCCCAGGUCCAUGCCUGGUGGGUAAGGACCCUGACCCUCUGGCCGCAUGAACAGAUAACAGUACUGACUCUAGGUGCGAUAGAAAGCGCUGUGGUACCCCUGUGACUGUGCUCUGGGCCACACCCUCAAACUCUGGGAAGCCAGGGGCCUCUCCAGGAGAACAGGCUGGCUGGUGAGAAGAACCCGCAGAGGCAGCAUCACCCUGCCUUCUUCAGGUGGGAUGCAGCACCCAGGAGAGGUGCCUGCCGGGUCUGGGAGCGCUCACUUCCUAGUGGUUCUCCAGGGCCCUAGGCUGCAGCCGCCAAGGACAGGCUCACCCAGUCCUGAGGGGCUUUCCGGGAAGCUGAAGUUCCUUCCAGGGAGGGCAGACAGAGAGAACCCCCUUGAGUACCUGCGCUGAUGUUUAUAGUCACCUUGGACUGCAUUGCUAACAGAGGCAGCGUGAGUGACCAGAUGCUCACUCCUUGGUGCUCACAGCUGAUGCUGCUUUCCUGCUUGGACAGCGCGCGCACAGCGUCUUAUGCAUCUUCCCCCACUCUGCCCCGAGAAACAGCCCCUGGGCGCAAAUCCUAUAGUGGGCUGCUGCAUUUGUUUUUCUCCAGCCUGCCUCUGCAAGAGAAACAGUAAGAAAUGGAAAACUAUUUUGCAUGUAUACAGCAUGAUAUAUUUGAGUAAACUGUAUUUCAGUAAUUUUUUUUUUUUUUUUUGUGCUGUCUGGUUUGGGCAUCAGGGUGAUGGUGGCCUCAUAGAAUGAGUUUGGAGGUAUUCCUUCCUCUGCAAGAACACUUUGGAAUAGUCUCAGAAGGACUGGUGUUAACUCGUCUCUAAAUAUUUGGUAGAACUCGCCUGUGAAAACAUCUCGUCAUGGACUUUGUUCAGUCAGUUCAGUUGCUCAGUCAUGUCCAACUCUGCGACCCCAUGGACUGCAGCAUACCAAGCUUCCCUGUCCAUCACCAACUCCUGGAGCUUACUCGAACUCAUGUCCAUUCAAUUGGUGAUGCCAAAAACAUUUGGUUGGGUGUUUUUAAACCACAGUUUUAGUACUUGUAAUCGGUCUGUUCGUACUUUGUUUCUUCCUGGUUCAGUCUUGGGAAAUUGUACCUGAGAAUUUGUGCAGUUCUUCUGGGUUGUCCAUUUUAUUGCCGUGCAGUUGCUUGGCGUAGUCUCUUACCGUCCUUUGUACUUGUGUAACUUUUCCCUUUUCAUUUCUAAUUUUACUGAUUUGGGUCCUCUCCCCUUUCUUCUUGAUGAAUCUGGCUAAAGGUUUAUCAAUUUUUUUGAGUAAUUUUCAUUUCAGCAACCUGAGAGGGCUUUGCUAGAUGUUGAGGAAGCUAUAAAGACCAGAUAACCACAGGUUGUUUCUUUGCCUUUGGUAAUAUAUUCUUGUCUCUGAUAAAUCCCUUUAGUUGGUAGGGGAAGGACAGGAAGUACUUACAGGAUAUAUGGGCAGGAAAACAGGGACCGGACGUGGUGGUGUCACCAGCGCCGAGAGCAGGCAGAACGUCAUGUAAGUGAUGGGAUCGGAUCUGACCGCGGGCAGCGCGCUCUGGCCAGUGUCCCACAGUCUCCAGCUGACCCCCUUGGCCUCACAGGCCUGUGCAUCCCACUCCUGCUUAGAGCGCUCCACGGCCCCACUAGGCACCACUCACGUCUAGACCCCUGCCUGCCUUUCAGGGUACCCUGUAGCUGGACUCGGCAAUCUUUCCAACCUGUCUCACACCCUGCUGUGGGCCUAGGACAGCCCCUGUGAUUCCAUGAACAUGGCGCACAGCCUGUUCCAGCCCCACUGGAAUCUCAUCUGUCCCAGAUCCGCAGUGUCCUUUCCCUCUGACUCUCCAAGAAGAACCACCAGCCCCCCCAGAGCCCGUCUCCUCUGUGAUUUCAGGCUCAGCACCCCUCCUCCUGUUUAACAGCUUUUUCAUCACAAACGUCCUUUGCUCUCUCUUGCAUCCCAGAGCAGGGAGCGAUGUUCAGUCACCGCCUGUCAGGGGUCACGCGACCAGCUGGAGACAUAGCCAGGACUAACGCCUGUCUCUCAGCGCGUGCAGAUGGGCAGCCCUGCUGGCGGACGGUGCACACCCGUGCCGUCCCGAGCUCGAGAACGGGCGUCUCUGUGUCUCUUCACAGGCGACUGGAGCUUGAGACCUGCCAGUGUGGCUUGGCUCCACUAGCCUUUUCCAUGAUCAUUAAGCAGCAACUGGGGAAAUGAGAAGCUACACCCGGCCAUGCCCAGGGCAGUGACCUGUGAGCCAAAUGCCACAACCCAGGCCCCAAAUCCAAGCCUCACUCGGUCUUACAUGAGGCUGGGACCCUCAUGCAAGACUCAAGGCCUUGGCCCUCAGGCAAGGGAGCACGCCCACCACCUCCACUCCCUCCCCGUCCCAGGGCCUCUGUACACUUGACCUUUUAGUAACCGUCAUUGAUGAUCCUCAUGGGAAGUCAGUGGAUGCUGAUAUCUCGAAUCUAAAUGGAGCUCUAGACCAAUGGAAGCUGACAUCUUGAAUCUAAAUGAAGCUCUAAACCACCCGGAUAUUGUCAUCAAACAGUUUGGGAAUUUGAGUAACUUACUGCAAAGGUAGGCUGACAAUUUUGGAAUGUAUCUUCCAUGUUUUAUUUUCACCUGUAUCAUCCAUUUUUGAAAGAAUGACAAAAAAAGAUUUCCACCCGCUCACACUGGCCUGCUGUCCAAGCUUUAUGAAGAUGAUUUCUGAAAAAGCGGAAGCACUUCAGCCAGCCCCUCAACGGCAACCGUGUGACCCAUUUGCCCUCAGUCAGGGAGCUUCCGACAGGGCAGGAAGAGUCUUGGGAACACACCUGGCACGUGUUUCUUUUAACACAGGCUUCUCCCAGCUGUGUCCUGGUGCUGGAGAGGGUCUUCAUUUAAUAACACGUUGACAGAGGAAGGCAUGGUCAAGUGAGAACAGUUACUUGAGCCGUUAAGAGGCUAAUAACUAUAUACCUUUAGAAAGAUCUUCUGUAUUAUAACCCCCCCACACAAAGACAUGAAGAAAAUAUAUCUUAAAUCUCUGAUAGGCAUCUCAGCCAGCAAUGGAUUUACGAUGACAGCACUGCGUCUAAGAAUGCUAAUUAAAAGUAAGUUGCUUUGGCUGGCAUUUAAGACUUUCCUGUUUAAUAAAAGAUUUUAUAUCUGUAAAGAAUUCUGAAUACAUAUACAUUCUGAAUUUC